ACACACGUCAUAUGAUCACGAGGUGAUAGUCAGGUGCUUCGAAGCUUCUGCUCUCGGUGUGGCUUGUUGUGCAGUUUGGUGUUCCUCCUCGGAUUCUCGCCCCCAUUUCGGCUUCCCACGAUGACGGAUAGCGCGAGAAAACCGAGUCUGGUCCACGCGACGCUCCUCGUUCUUCUAAUCGUCGUCUGUCAAUUCGCGUUUUCUCGCGCUGGCGGCACGCCCGCCGUGAUCUGGUGCCCGCACAACGACUCGUACUCCGAUUACGACUCGCAGCUCAAAACGAUACGCUUGAAUCCGCUGGUAAAAUUGUCGUCGGAGGAUUUCGAAGAGAGUCUGUCGCAGUUGAGCGUGACGGACUCGGCGGUCAUCGUCGCCGACGAGUUGUGCGUCGAGGAUUUGAAGAACAACAAGGUGUUGUCCCUGGUCACCAAUGGCUCCAAAGUACACUAUUUCCCGCGUGUUGUUAUGCCUGAUGUGGUUUUCCAAAAAAUCUUCAGUACAGGACAGGUGAAGACGAUAGAGGAUGUAAACGACAAUCACGAGUUGAACAUGAUUCUCAAGGACACCGAUUCAAGCAGAUGUGUAGCCCUCACAGGAAAGCAAUGUCGUUACAGCGAACGCAUAAAAAGAGAUACUGCGGAUGCCGAUGCUUCAGACGAUAAUAAAAAAGAUAAAGAUACAAACGAAUUCAAGAUACAAACCGACAGAAUUAUUUUCUAUUCAGCUCAGCCGCUUCUGUUCAAGUCCGAAAAGAUGAAGAACCAUGUGGAACUUUUGCAAUCCAACGUGACCAAUACUUCAACUCGUACGGAUCAGAAUCGCACGUUGAUUUUGAACAUUAAGUUUGCCGGCAUCGAGGAGAUCGGCGAAUUGGUGCUCGAGUUCUUUUUCCCGGUCAAAAAUGCGGGUUACUACACGCUCGAAAAGGUCAACAGCGAAGAAAACAACGCGGUCACCGAAUUAUUCGCCAAGAGAGAAAUUUAUUUCCCGUACAAUUUCUCUUAUCACUGUUCUCUGGAAACCGUAUUCAUUAAGAACAGGGAUGCGUUUCUGAACAUCACGGAAAUGCAGGUGCAGGUCGAUCACAAGGACGCGGUGUUCAACGACGCUUACGACUGCGUCGGUUUCACCAGCAUACCGAUCUGGACGGGAAUAUUUGUCAAUGUUUUAUUGAUUUCCAUUCUGAUAUGGGCGCUCGUCAUGAUCAUGGAUAUCAACACGAUGGACAGAUUUGACGAUCCCAAGGGAAAGACCAUCACGAUCUCUACAGCGGAAUAAACAAUUAAUAAUAAUAACAAUAGACUUGUAUAAUGUAACUGUAGGAGAGUCAUAUUCAUACAAAAUUCAUUAUCACACAGGUAAUAUCGUAAUGUAACAUCCCCCGUUUAUUAUGUUCACAAAAUACUCACUCGAGAGAAUUUACAAAUUCGAGAGUGUAGCGCGUGUUCUCGCGUGAAAUCGGAGAAGCAGUAUCGAUAAUGCUAGUCUCGUCGCGAAGAACUUUUCUCGAUGUAUAAUAAAUAUCAUUCCGUUGUGUUAUAAUUCUUAAUUUACAGUUUUGGUAUUUAUAUAUAUAUAUAUAUAUAUAUAAUUUGUUCACACCGCAUACCGUGCGUAUCUGCUGCUUGAGUGAUUGUAACAAAUCUUUUCGUCGUAGAGUUUUAAUUUCUAAUAUUGCGUGUGUAUGAAGAAAGUUAUACGAAUAUUUGAAUCGAGAAGGUAGAGCGCAAUUAUAUAUUGUACCAAAAAUAAAGACGAACAACAGGAAAUUAUAAGAAAAUCGCAGUCUUUUACUAUCGGUGUCAAUAGAAAAACAUUACAUAGUCAAUGUAUAUGCACAAUGAAAAAAAAAAAAAAA